AUGUCGGGAUACGAUGAUGAGCUGAUGAAGAAGUUCGCGAUACGACACGAGGAUAAUGUCCAAGCCAUGGAGGGAUUCACCUUUGCUACUCUAGCUCUCGGUGGCAUUUUCAUUCUCUUCCAUCUUUCCAAAACGGCAUACCGUGGAUUUCGUCGCUGGCAAGGUGGCAGCCCGGGCCUGGCCCUCGUGUCGUCGCCCGUGAGAAUGAUUCGACAAGUUUCGAUUUACUCGGUUCCAUUAUUUCCCUCGGCCGGACAUCUCUUUGUCGUCGUCACCUACAUUGCCCUCAACGUCGUCUUCCUCUUUGCCUACAUGGAUAACAACAACUUCGGCUUCGUAACCAACAUUGCGUCCAGGACUGGCUGGCUUGCCCUGGCCAACAUGAUCUUUUCCGUCUUCCUGGCGCUGAAGAAUACCCCAUUGGCGUUCCUGACAGCCUGGUCCUACGAACGCCUCAACAUCUUGCACCGAUACUCUGGCAUGUUCGCUGUAUUGCACAUGAUCAUCCAUGCUUGCACCUACUCGGCCUACUUUGCUGGCCAGGGAAGACCUCAGUUGCUUACCAUGCAGACCAGCAUUUACGGCAUCAUCGCUGGGUCCUCGUUUUUUCUGCUUGGACUGAGUGGCGUCGUCCUGCGUCCAUGGUGGUAUGAACUCUUCUACUACGUUCACAUCGUCUUCUUUGUUCUUGCUAUUGUCAUGACCGGCAUGCAUCAGCCCUCGAUUGUUGACGGCUUCCUCAUCAUUACCAUUAUUACUGGUGCCAUGUGGGCGCUCGAUAGACUCAUCCGCCUCGCCAGACUUGUCUUCUACAGCGUCAACAACCAUGUUACUCUGACACCACUUCCUCAUGGCGGUACCCGAGUAACGCUUGCCAAGGCACCUCUCGGAGCGCUCUCUGGAAAGCAUUGCUUCCUAUGGAUUCCUGCCAUUCGCUCCUUUGAGACGCAUCCUUUCACCAUUUCUGCCAUGAAUCCUCUCGAGUUUGUUGUGACGGCGCAUGAUGGCUUCACAAAGGAUCUGCAUGAUCUUGCUGUUUCCCAGCCUGGUGUCCAGUUUGGAGCAUCUGUCGAGGGCAGCUACGGUACCUUUCCGAAGCCAUCCAGCUUUGACCAUGUUGUCCUGAUUGCUGGCGGUACUGGUGCAAGUUUCACUUUCGGCGCUGCUUUCAAUGCGCUAAAGCAUCUGAGCGGAAGGAGGGACACCAAAAUCAUGUUUGUCUGGACUGUUCGUCAUCGGUCUAUCCUGAACUGGUACGCAAGCCACCUUCAGACUUUGAGCCAAGACAGCCGAGUCUCUGUCCACGUUUUCGUUACCAAGGGUAGGGAACCUACGGAACUCAGCGAAUUCUCCAGGACAGACUCCGAAAAGGCGGCCCCCAUGAUGUCCGCUUCCUCAAGCAUGGCUGGGGACGCCGAAAAGGACGUCACCACUGUCACAGGCUUGGACAUGGACAGCUUCUCCGGCAUCCCGAUUACGUGGAAGCGUCCUGAUGUGCCAGGUAUGAUUCGCGGCGUUGUCUCAGGGGCCACCAGAGGGCAAAGCGUUUUGGUUAUGGGCUGCGGACCAAGCACUCUGAUGCGGCAAGUUCGCAACACCGCGGCGGGAUGCAUCUGGUCAGACGGUCCUACCGUAGAACUACACUGUGAGGAGUUUGGGUGGUAA